AUGACUGUUCAAGGAGUGCUUCAAGCGCUCACUGAGCCCUUGAAUCAAAUCAGCAUUGCUACCGUUUUCUUGGUACUUCUUCUCAUCACUUACUUUACCCUCUCGUUCACCGAACUCGAGACUGUCGGCAAGCUAUUCAAUGCUGCCGCUACCUCUGCAAAAUUCGCAUACUCUUGCUUCUUGAAGCCUCACACUGGAGACAACACCGGCAACCAGCAGGAUGCUCUCGAGAGUUUCUACAGGACCCAAGCCAGCAUUUACGAUGUCACACGUUCUAGACUGCUCCACGGAAGAGAAGAUAUGCUGGCUAUGGCUGCUGCUCAACUCUGUCAUCAACUAGAGCAGGGUCAAUACGCUCGCAAGCCAAUCUGGGUCGAUGUCGGUGGCGGUACUGGCUGGAACAUCGAACAGAUGGAGAAACACAUUUCUGUCUCUAGUUUCUUCCACGCAGUCUACCUCGUCGACUUCUCCCCUUCUCUCUGCCAGGUCGCCAGAACCAGAUUUGCCCGCCUCGGCUGGAAGAACGUCAAGGUCGUCUGCCAGGACGCUCGCACUUUCAAGCUCAGCGACUACGAGGAGGGUCACACCGACGAAAGUGCUAUCUUCAGCAUUGGCAAGAGUGCACUCGACGAAAGCAGUGCAGUCGAUAACGUCGGUGCAGACCUUUUGACUAUGAGCUACAGCCUUUCCAUGAUUCCCGAGUUCCACCCUGUCGUCGACUCACUCGCCAAUCUGCUCGCACCUAACGGUAUCAUGGGUGUCGUCGACUUUUACGUGCAGAACCAGAUUCAGUUCCAGUCUCGCAACUAUGUCGGCGGUGUCAUCGAUCGUCACUGCAUGUGGAUCUCUCGUAUCUUCUGGGCUGCAUGGUUCGAGAUGGAUAGAGUGUUUUUGGACUCGUCUCGCCGUGACUAUUUGGAAUAUAAGUUCGGAACAAUCUUGAGUUCAAACGCCCGCAAUCACUUCUUCGGCUUUAGAAUCCCGUAUUACGUCUGGAUUGGUUGUGCUAAGCAGACCAAGUCAUCCAUGCACAAGCUCGCCGCUCUCGAUGCCGCUGUAACAGAAUCACCCUUCAUCAGUGCUCUCGACCUCCAACGCAAGUCCGUCGGAGGUGCAAGAAGAGGAUCGUCCUCCGAGCGUCGCUCAAAGGCAUACGAGUCGGCCAUUGUCAACUUGUCGGCAAGCCUGCCCCUACCUGCAGCAUGGUACCAGCAACACCACUGGCGCAUCUACUACGAUGAGCAACUGCAAAAGCACAAGCAGUUUGGUGACGAGUACAUCUACGCCUUCACCUGGGAGGACGCCAGAGUCGAUGCACGCCUCCUCAAGAUCACCUCAGAGGAUGUCAUUCUUGCCAUUACAAGUGCAGGUGACAACAUCCUUGCUUACGCCCUUGAACAACCCAAACGCAUCCAUGCCGUCGACCUCAAUCCCAACCAGAACCAUCUUCUCGAACUCAAGGUCGCUGCUUUCACAGCUCUCGGCUACACAGAUGUGUGGAAGCUGUUCGGUCAAGGCAAGCACGACGACUUCCGAUCUCUAUUAAUCAAUCAUCUGAGCCCCCAUCUAUCCUCUCAAGCCUUUGACUACUGGCUCCACAAGGGCAACGCUACCUUCGGCGAAAAGAGCCGUGGCCUGUACUACACCGGUGGCUCUCGCCACGCAAUCCAGCUAGUCCAAUGGCUAGGCCGUCUCCUCGGCAUCCGCGCCGACCUCGCCGCCAUGUGCUCAGCAGCCACUCUAAACGAACAGCGCGAAAUCUGGUCCAAACGCGUCCGCAGAGUCCUGCUAUCCCAAUUCCUCAACUACACCGUCAUCGGCACAGAAAAGUUCCUCUGGAAAGCACUAGGUGUGCCAGCAAACCAACGCGCCAUGAUCGACGCCGAUUACCUGCACCAAACCGACCCAAAGUCAAAAGUCAGCGGCGUAAAAUCCGGACAGGCCAUCUGGGAGUAUGCGGUCAACACCCUCGAUCCGGUCGUCAACAACACACUGGUGUCGGAGGAAAACCCUUACUACCUCAUCUGUCUCCAAGGCCAAUACACCCAGCGCUGCCACCCUGAUUACUUGGCCCCUCGCUCCCACGUCAAACUCUCCAAACCCAACGCCUUUGACGGUUUGCGCAUCCACACAGACGAGCUCUGCGAGGUCAUGGCACGCAUGACGCCCGAAACCCUGACCAUCGCUGUUCUCAUGGAUAGCAUGGAUUGGUUUGACCCCGCGGGCCCUGAAGCAGACGCUCAAGUCAAGAUAGUGAACAGAGCACUCAAGAUGGGAGGGAGAGUGCUGUUGAGAUCUGCGGGCUUGAAACCUUGGUAUGUGGAUACGUUUGAGAAGAGGGGAUUUGUGGCCAAGAGGGUUGGCGCGAGGAUUCCGCCGGGGAGUUGCAUUGAUAGGGUCAAUAUGUAUGCUUCUACAUGGAUCUUGACAAAGGUUGAGGCUGUUGCGCAGGACUGA